AUGCCUUCCGCCCGUUCGGUGAUGGCUUCCAGCUUGGCCAGCGAGCUGGCGCGCUUUCGCAGGGGGGGCAAGCAGCUCCGGAGGAUCCUCAAAGAGACCAAGCACGUGCACGAGAGCAUCAAGAAGAAAGGAUGCUACGGUAAAGAGCAACUUGCAAAGUUUGCCCUGAACCCUGAAGACGAAAUAGCCGUUUGGAACAUCAUUGAGCAACCUGUAGGAUUCGUGGUUCUCGGUAGCUGCUGCUGGGCAAGAGCAACAGUUGUCAAUGCCCUCAUGGGAAGAGGACUAUUACCCAUUGUUCCAAUGGGAGAAGCAGAUACUCAUUGGAGAAUGGUUCGAUUUAUUUAUGGUAAAAAAGCUGGUGCAAAAUUGGUUCUUCCCAAUGGAUAUGAAGUACUUGAUCAUCUUGAAUUUAAUGAAAAACAAUCUUCUACAAUUCCUUUAGAAGAUUUGGAAUUGAAAGUAAGUCCCAACACAGCUAACGUGAACGAGGACCCUGCCCUGACAGGUGGUGGUCUAGAAGUGACCCUGUUACACCCAUUGCUCUAUGAUAAUGCACAAGUAAUCAUGGCUCCUGAAAGGAACCAAACUGCUUUCAUCCAGGAGCUGAAAAAGUGCCUCGAUGGAAUUACACCGAUUCUCAUUUAUACCAUUGGAAAUCAACUUACUCAACAGGACAUUCAAGAUCUGACAGAACUACAACAGCUACCAUACAAACUGCCCAUCUUCUUCACUUGCAUUCGACACCCAGAGCAGUCUGACCUCACUGAAUCUGGCCAGCAUGCGGGGUCAAACAUACCUUCGGCUCCAUCCUCCACCACAUCAUCCACCACAUCCACUCCAGCAAACUCCUGUCCACCAUCUCCCACAUCUCCUAAAUCUCCAUCUUCACCACCAAGGAAUCUACCCUACACAUAUUCCCGCCACCCAUUGGAGCAGUUGUCCCUCCUGAGGCACUGCUCUGAGGUGCAGGCGGCAGAACAGUUUCCUGUGAAUGAACUGUACCAAAAAUUGUCAGAACUAGCAUUCAUGCCUCCUCCUGGAUCAAGGCCAGAGUACAAAGGAUCCUUAGAAGUUGUUAAUGAACUAGUCGAUGAUUUUGCAGGAUUUUCAAGUGUUCUCCAGUUCGUCAGUCAUGUUCUUCAAUCCCGCCUCCUCCUCGCAGCCACCCUUCUGCAAGACACGCAUGCGCGCAGCCUGCAGAACUUCAUCCUUGCAGCCUUCGACUUGUCGCGAGACCUCAUGAUCACUCCAAAAAGGAUCCAAUACGCUAGACUGCGAGAGGAAGCCCUCUACAAAUCUCUACUGGACCUCGCCCACAACAAGCAAGACGAAAUCAAAAACAUGAUCAUCGGCACCAUUUUCGACAUCAGGGACGAUGUCUUGAAGAAGGCAUCAGAGUUCAGGUUUCAAAGCAUCGUCCUGGAUGAGUACAUGCAGGAACCUCUAACAGGAAGGACUGUUCAUUUGUGUACCUCUGAAAUCAGAGACAUGGUAGUUGAUGAAGUCAACAGCGCAGUCUCGGCGAAACUGGCGACUUCCAUCGAGUGGCUUCAGGAGAAGUUCACUGGAACUUUAGAACGUUGUCUUACAAGCCUGGAACAGAUGUGCUGUGAAGGUGAUGAGAGUAACAAACAAGCAUCUGCUGCUUUGAGGCACAUACUGUCAGCUGCUUAUCAAGUUGAAGUAUCUUUCAGAAACAGUGCAUCAAUAUUUUGGUUCUUCAUGCAAAAGAUGCAACAGUUGGCCGAGGUUCUUCCUUGGAAAUUGCCAACCAGAGUGGACUCGCAGUGGAAACGAGAAGUUGCACUCCGCAUGCUAGCCAGUUUGAAUGAAGUUCAUCUUGCUCGAUCCAUCUGCCAUCAGCUACAACAAAAAGUCAGAUCAUCUCACGAACGAUUCGUCGCCUCUCUAACGCAGCUUGAAGAAAGACACUUGGACAGGCUUGAAAAAAGGGAGAGCGAAAGGAAAAACGUUCGAUGUCUGUAUGCUCCACAAAUAGCAAAGCUGUCAUUGGAAAGUUCCUCACUGAAAGACAUGAUUCAGUACGGCAUGCCACCUUUAGGACAAGAGUUGGGGCGUGGCCACUUCGGCAUUGUUUAUUCAUGCAAAUCUUGGGCAGGACAAUCUAGCCUAGCUGUCAAAAGUGUUGCUCUACCUACAGACAAACAUUGGUAUAGCCUUGCUAUGGAAUUUUUUUAUCAUAAGAACACACCAGAACAUCCCAGAAUAGUCAGGCUGUGCGGAACUGUCAUAGAUUACAAGCACGACCGACGACCCACUGUGUUGCUCAUCAUGGAGAGACUGAGCCGCGAUCUUUACUCAGCCCUCUGGAAUGGGCUGCCAUGGAUGCAGAGGUUGCAGGUUGCCGUAGACGUAAUCCAAGGGAUCAGAUACUUACAUAGUCAAGGGUUGGUUCAUCGAGACAUAAAACUUCACAAUGUUUUGCUGGACAAAGAAAACAGGGCGAAAUUAUCGGACCUUGGUUUCUGCAAAGUAGAAGUGAUGAUGUCUGGUAGCGUAGUCGGAACUCCUAUUCACAUGGCUCCAGAGCUGCUAUCAGGACAUUAUGAUAACAGUGUGGACAUUUAUGCCUUUGGUGUCCUGUUUUGGUACUUGUGUUCCGGACAGCCUCGCUUGCCUUACGUCUACGAGCAAUGCUCACACAAAGAAGACUUGUUUGCCCUAAUUAAGCGAGGAAUGAGGCCAGAGAGACUGCCAUACUUUGAUGAGGACUGCUGGGACUUAAUGAGUGACUGUUGGCACGGAGACCCGGCAAAAAGGCCACUUCCGGGUGAAGUCGAACGUAGAUUAGAAGACAUCAAAACAAAAUUUACCGUCCACAAACGACUUGUCAGAUCAGAACUGAGCUGCAACGAACUUACCAUGUCCCAUGGAUCAGACUGUUGGUCUACAUAUAAUGACACAUCUAGAUCAUAUACAGUGGUUAGUGAAUCGUACGCAGGCUGACGAGAAUUCCACAGUCCUAUCUUCAAUCCUAAACAAUCCUUGCCAAAACUUGAUGGUACUGGAGAUUAUCCCAAGUAUGUUCGUUCUGAUAGAAGGUUUCUACCAGUUUGACUAUUCUUGAGCGUCACAGAAUCGACAACAGUAGAAGAAGCAGAAGAAUGCCAAAUUUCCUUCUGAUCCGUCGAUAUUUUCCAAUGUAUGUGCCAAGUGACAGAAACUAGAAUUGGAAUUAUUCAGUAUUAUUCCAUCGAUGGGCAUCUUAAAGACUGGUCAUUGAGGUUUUUAGAAUGGACUUUUUUUUUCUCAAUUCGCUGCUUCAGUAUUUUUAUCAUUAGGACAUUUUUGCAAUUGACUGAAUGUGUGAGGACUUGAAUUUAUUUUUUUACAUUGUAUGUGUGUGAAUGUAGAUAUAUAUUAUUAGAUCAUUUAUUUUUAUGAUUGUAUGUAUGCGCCAUUUCCUCUUUCCGUAUUUGAAUCAGUUUGAGCUAAAAUUGAAUUAUCUGUAAUAAUGUGAUAUUUAUAUUUACUAACGUAAUUAAAACAAAAGUUUCAAAACUCCAUAAAAGUCAGACAAAUACGAAAUAUGCAUCUUAUAAUAUCGAUUUAAAAUUGGUUGAGCAAUCUUAAAUGAAUUGCUUUUUCCUUAGCUAUUUAAACGCUAUUUUUACUCAUGCUGUUUUACAGCACUUACUAUGUGAUAAAAUUUUUGCAACUUUUUGAAAAUAUCUUCAUUUAAAGAAAAUGUUUAAGUUGUAGACAUCAGAAUGUACUUUGUAAAUUUUAUAUUUUUUAAGUGUUAUUCAUUAACAUCGUAAUGGUACCCAAUGAAAAUGAAAUCAUUGCCAAUUUUUAUGUGAACAAAUCAUUUGUUUUGUACGAUAUAAAUUUGAGAUGUUUUUAAAUUGAAAUACAUGUGAAUUUAUUUAGCAAUACCGACUAUUUGGAUCAUUGCGUAAUUUUUCAGCUUUGUUCAGUUCAUUAAGUAUUUUUUUGCACUGCAAAAUACAGAAAGCUCUUAAAGCGAUUUUGGACUCAAACGAAAUUCAUUACAGCAAUUAACAGCUGCUGCAACGUAUUUAUACGUCUUAUGGUGAAUAAUCGAUACAGUACUUCUCAAUUAAUUCACACUAAUUCCAUGCAAUAUCAUGACUUUUAAUUAAGAAAUCACAUUUCUAUAACCAUGGUACCACGUUCAAUACAGAUACUAGACGAUGUUGUGAUUAAUAUUGGACACCUGAUCUUGCGGCACUCUAUUUAACAAACACAUAACGACUGUUAUAGCAUAUUCAGUGAUUUACCCACCCCACACAUUUUAAAUUUUAAAAAUCCUAUUUAAGAAUUCCAGAUUUUCUCCACAUAUUUUAGGUAACGCUGCAUAAUUCUGCGUUUUUAUUGCGAUUUAACACUGUCCCAUAUUUUAACGACUGUAAAAAAAGAAAAAAAAACCUAUGACGCGACAGCAGCCUUCGUAGCACAUAUCAAGCAAUGUUAGUGAAAUAAACUUAACAGUCAUAAUAUAACAACAUAUUUGAAAAUUAACAUCUGGCGGGGAGCGUUCAGUUAUCUCUUAUGACUAUCAAUGCUAGACAUUUUAUGUUGAAAAAUCUGCACGUUUUAGUUACCAUUGGGGGGGGGAGGAAUAGCGUUUGAUACAGCGAUUGAUGGUACAAGAAUUUUUCAUAUGGUAACUGCUUAAUGAGGCAAUUUUCAGUCGAACGGGCAAACCUUGUUUUUCCAGUUAUUACACUUCGUUUCAUAAACGUCUUUAAAUGGUUGUCAACAUUUUGGCAGCCAUUUUUAAAAGUUUUAUGAAACGUUUAAACGAAGCGUCUGCUACUCGGGUAGCCCAGCAAUAUAAGCACACUGUAUCGCUGCUUGAAAUGUUGAUCAUUAAAGAGAGCCAACAGUAGAUGCGGUCAAAACAUUACAUGGAUCAUUGCUAAAUGAAUCCACUUUUUAAGAGUUUCUAGGAUCCAUGAUUUACACAUUUUAAAUGAGAUUCAUUCUAGCUCUUUUUUCACGUAGAAAAUUCAUUCUUUCAUUGCAUAAAUGUUUAAAUUUGUGUUCAUUUUUAUGUAAAUUGUUGUCCUCUGUGUUUUAUUUUGUAAGCCUUAAUUUGCUCUUGUCAUGAAUAAAAUGCUGAUACUACGAUACACAUCUGCUGGGCAGUAUUGUGUUACAUUUUUCAAUA